AUUACUCAUAAAAAGUGUUCUGAACUGAUAUGAAAUACCAAAAUGGACAAUUGGCAUAAUGAUUUGCAUUUGGAAGAAGGUGACAAUGGACAACAAAAUUAUUACGAACUCAUGGAACAGUACAUACACGGUAUUCUUGGUGAGUUAGAGGAAAUGCUCGAAGAAUUUGACACAGAUAAACAACAUAAUAAAGAACUGGGUGUUGAAGGUGAAAUAGAAAAUGGCACAGAAGUAUGUUUUCGUGACAUUGACUCAAGUCGAUCGUUUCUAGGGUAUUGCAUAGGUGCUAAUGAAGCUGAUCAGCUUGCUUUACUCGACAGAAGGUCGGGCACAAGUGUCAAAGUAGGUUGUCCUGAUGAGCAGAUUACAUACGCAACCAUUGGAGAUUGUGGAAGUGGGAUCAGUAUAGACGUUCCCUCCGACUUACCUCCUGCUCAUUCUGUACAAACAAAUCUCAUUUAUAGAGUGUCCGACGACAGCGAUGAUUCAACCGGGAAAACCCACUACAAUAUCAAACAGCAACAGCUUUCGCCCACACGUGUAUGUAAUGGACCAAGGAAAAGAAACAUUUUGACAAUGCCGGAAUCGGUAUACCAGUGUAUUCAACGAGACACACGUGACACUUUUAGAGGCGCCAGUUGCCUCUCGAAAGUGGUCUCCGCCCCGGUGCCCUACGAGGAGGACGUCUAUGCCCAGAUCAAGGAGCCCGGGGAUCCAGGGCGGCCAGAGGAACACGGGGUUCUGUAUAUGGAGCGGUGGAGGGGGCGGCUACGGGGUAAGGGAACUUCCAGCCGCUCACAGAGGUUCAUCAGCGCUCACAACAAAAUGUACUAUACAUUCCGUACGUCAACAACUGAUUCAUCGAAAGACAAAUCAAAAUCAAGUUCCGCCCCCGGGUGUUCCGUGGGCUACCUCCUACCUCUCAUCCUUCUCGUCAGUCUGUCCAAUCCUUUCUGCCUCCCCUUUGUCCUAUACUUCUCUGUCCGGUUUGCACGCGACUGGCGCAGACGUCACUUCCGGCGAGCCAUGAUGUCACUUAACCGCGCGGCGGCUGCGGCACUCCUUGGUUUUCUAAUGAGCGCCGCUUUUGGAAUCGGGGUUGUGGUCAACAGUAACAGUCAUAUACAUAACCCUCAGAAAAGCCACAUAGAUGGAUCGGGACACGUAACCAUUUCUAAUCAUCAGUCUGCAAACACAAUUAACGCGUCCGACUCUGAACAUUUUGAUUUUAACUCUACAGCUAUUGGAUACAGGUUUAGAAAAGAGUAUAUCAUGAAUAAGAGAACGCAACCAACAACCCGGAUCCCUCCCCGUGUGACCGUUCCAGGUAAAGGCGUACAUAUCAGCAACUUAGAUAUUCUCAAAAAUGACCGUUACAGAGCAGAAAUACUGUUCCGUAAUAAUACGUUUGUGCAGUUCUACAAUCCACGUACAGGUGUUAUAACGAAUACAAGCAUGGACGUAAAGGUGUAACAGUCGGGGUAGCAGUGGUGUGACUAGGAUUAAAGGCAAUCGUUCACGUUCUAUAGGGUCACCCAUCGAAAAAAAUAAAAUCGUGUGAAGUGUAAACAAAGUGCCUUGGGUCAUCAUUCAAGUU